ACAGUCUUAACUGACCAAUCAGAGAACGGCUGAGAAUGGAAACCCGUCGGUCGCUAGCCAGCAGUUGAAGACUGAACUCGAAUAUCGGGUAAUAUCAGCCCUGGAUUUCACAUCUAAGCUAUCUAAAUGGCGGCUCUAAUCGACAUUCGUCUCAAGAAAGCCAAUAAGAUAUAUAACGAAGGGGAUGUACUUGCAGGAGUGAUUGUCAUACAAACAAAGACUGAGUUUCAACAUCAAGGAAUAACAUUGGUCGCUGACGGAUCGGUUAAUCUUCAACUUAGCAGUAAAAGCGUUGGUCACUUUGAGGCAUUCUACAACUCUAUCAAGCCCAUUCAACUUCUGACGGUUUCACUUAAUGCUGCCAAGCCAGGCAAAAUCCCAGCAGGAAAGACGGAAAUACCCUUCGAAGUGCCACUGAAAGCCAAACUCAACAAAACCCUCUAUGAAACUUACCAUGGUGUGUUUGUCAACGUUCAGUACACAUUAAAGGCCCAGGUGAAACGCUCUCUCCUUGCCAAGGAUCUGGUGAAAACGACAGAAUUCAUCAUUGAAUACAGGGACCAGAAGGUCAAAGCGGAACUCAAGCCUGUACCAUUCUCCAUCACGCCACAGUCCCUACAGAACGUCAAAGAUAAAACUUCACUCCCUCACUUCUCCAUCAAAGGGAGACUCGACUCAGCGAGCUGCUGCAUCAAGAACCCUCUCACGGGUCAUGUGAUCAUCGAGCAGUGUAACGCACCAAUCAAAUCUGUGGAAAUCCAGCUGGUCAGAGUGGAAACGUGUGGGUGUGCCGAGGGCUACGCAAGGGAUGCCACAGAGAUUCAGAACAUCCAGAUCGGUGAAGGCAACAUCUGCAGAGGUCUGACGAUACCAAUGUACAUGGUCUUUCCCCGUCUUUUCACGUGCCCUACGUUAGCCACUAGUAACUUCAAAGUUGAGUUUGAGAUCAACCUUGUAGUGGUCCUGCACGAUGAUCACCUGAUAACAGAAAACUUUCCCAUCGUUCUGACAAGAUUUUGAGAUACAGCAAAAACACCAACUUCAAAGCAACUUCUAUACAGACAACAAAUACCAAAAUCAUUCAAUGUAUGAUUAUGUUAUUUAAGGCCUUGUCAUACACGUUGCGUGCAGUCACCCUCAACAGGUUUUGAGCAUGUUCGAAACUUUUCUGCUUGCAAAUCAGACUGGUGUGCGCUCCUGCUGGCAACUGCGUGCGAGAUAUGUCAAUGCGGGCGACCUGCGGGUAGCAAAAGUAGUCACCCGCAAGGCUUGCACGGAACGAUGUGACAGGGCCAUAAGGCGACCGCACACCUUACGAUUGGUCUGCGACCCGAUUUCAGAAUAAAAUGUAUUCGAAGUUGAUGCUAAUAUUGAGACUUGGAAUAUCUUACUGUGUAAUGUUCUAAAUCAUCGUACGAAUACCUAUGUUCAAAUCUGUGACUAUGCUAUCAUCCUUCUUAGAAUAAAAGCGAAUUUAAUAUCUAGUUGUAAUGACGUCAUAGCAGUCGUACGAUUGGCUACGUUUUGAAACUAAUUUGGCCUUUACUCUGAAAUAAAGGCUUGCAAUCUUUCAAAAUGGUUAUAUUAGUAUUCUUUCAAUUAAUAUAAACCUCAAAUAGAAUGAUAUGUUCCAUUCACAUUUUCAGAAAAUGAGCAAAAUGCGAUUUGUUCCAAAAUUGGAUCGCGAACCGUCGUAAGGUGUGCGGUGGCCUUUAAACUUAAAGCCUUAUACCUUGCAGUUAUCCAUUCAUCUUCUAGAUGAAGAAACUACAACUGAAUAUAGGGCAGGGGCGGAUCCAGGAUUUUCCAAAGGGGGGGGGUACAUUUUCCCCGGAUGAAAAUUUGACAAUCCCCCAAAAAAGUCCUCAAUUUCAAAGUGGGGGAGGGGGGGGCACACUUCGGUAAAAACGGCAUAUUUACAUUAAAAUUGGUAUUAUGGCUCUCAAAAGGGGAGGGGGGCACAGGCCAGAUGUCCCCCCCCCCCCUGGAGAUCGGCCACUGAUAAAGGGGUGUGAUAUAAAUGACUUGAAUAUACUCCCUUUACAUGGUAACUCUUCAUAGACAUAAUUCUGAGAACUUUGUACUCAUAUUGGUGACCUUAAACUUUUAUGGCAAGUGAAUUAGGAUUUACUGACACAAGGCAACCACUGGAAAUCCCUGUAUAAUAAUUCCAUCUUUGAAUCUUAGCCACUCUAUCCCAUAUAUCCAACUUCAGACUUCCUAGCAGGGAUGGCCUUGAGGUCUAAUUUUGCCAGCCUUGGCCUCUGUCGGAGUCACAUGUACAAAGGCUAUGGAAGAAGGUUUUCCUUGUGACUCACAAGUAUUGGCUUUGACUUCAUCCCUGCUUUCUAGUCUCAUUUUCGGACAAUAUUGGAGUGUUCACUUGGUCUACUAGCAGAUGGUUGAAUGUCUCAGAUCAGCUAGAUCAUCAUGGCUAAACCCACUUCAGUUUGGUUUAAAAACCAUAAUUACUAUCUAGUCCAAACAUUAGAUGGCCUUAAUGGCUUUUAGUCAAAUGCCAAGGUGGUUUAAUUUCCACUUCAUUUUACUUAUUAUUUUCCACUUUGUCAGAUAAAAUCUUUUUAUCAAUAAACAGAUCAUCUAAUCAUACACAUACAGGUGUAAGACCUUGUGCAUAUUAGACAAAAUGUUUACAGCCUAAAUAGAAAAUAGACAAAAUGGUAAAUGGGCUCAAUGGAAGUUAGACCAAAUGGUUUGUAGGAUUUUGGGGAUUUAAUUUCAACUGAGCACCUGAUGAUAUAUCAAUGAUAUGAAGACAUGCCAUUAUAUAGCAACUCUAUAUUUCAUUUAAUUGAUCAUGAAGUCAAGAAAUUGUAUUAAUUCAAAAGCAUUCGGUAAUCAUUCUUUUAUGAAUUACAUGGCUUAUAAAUUAUGCAGUAACACUAUGUCAUACCUGCUAAAUGUUCCUUUUAAAUAGGAAUAUUUCUAAUUCUUGAAAUGAAAUUUGCUGUUUUAACAUGUGUGAUCCUAUUUUUGAGGAAAUCUCUCCGCAAUUUGUUCCUGUUUCUUGGCUGUCGGGAUUGGCAGGUAUGCUGUGUCUUUGGAAAUCCUGAACAGUGUCCAUGGACUUGUGGGAAAUAAAAAGCCUAGUAUAAAGACAGAUAGAGCCACUAUGACUGAUUAACUAAGACUAAGUUAAAUAAUUGGUCAUAGUGGCUGACCAUUUAGAUGACAACAAUUACUCUGGGGUCUUUUCAUAUUAAAGUUAAAAUAGGCGAGUGGGGAUUAGAACUCACAACCACACCCUAAACCAAGCAACCCCUGCUCUUUUGGGGGUGGGGAAGGGUGGAAGCAGUGUAAUAUGAAGAUUUGAUUUGGAAAGAAUUAUAUUUGUUUUGUAAUGAAAUUAUUACAUGUAAUGUAUAUUCCAUUUUGUAUAAAGAAAGAAUAUAUCAUUUUCAUUAUUCAAAA